GUGUGUCAAUGGACGACGAUCCAGAUUACAUUGAAUUCCUUGACGUGCAAGCAUAUCAGGGAUACGAUCAAGUCCAACACUUGAUUGAAGAGCAAAAUGUUGUCGUUGAAGUCGACGACGACGAAGAAACUGAAGAUGACGACUAUGAUCAACAAGAAGACCAACCGGAAGAAGACGGCGAGUACGACGACCAAGUUUAUGCGCGGUUCGUCACCUCGGGGGAUACGAUAGCUAGGGUUUUAUCGUACAAUCGUGGCGGUCGUGGAAAUAUGACGUCGUAUCAAGAGGCGGUGAGUUUUAGCCGUGAGGGUUUGGAGAAUGCUGCGGAUGAAGCGAAUGAGGGGAGUCAGAAAAGGACGCAACGGGGUGAAACGUCGUCGUGCAAGAAUGAGAAAGUCGAAGGUGGAGAAGAGUGGAACAGAACUGAAAUUGACGGGUUGUUUUGCCCUAUUUGCAUGGAGGCUUGGACCAAUGGCGGUGACCAUCAAGUCUGUUGUCUUCCUUGUGGCCACAUAUAUGGUAUGUCUUGUAUCAAGAGAUGGUUACAACAACGUAGAAGUUCAGGGAAGUGUCCUCAAUGCAACAGCAAGUGCGCGUUGAAGGAUGUUCGAGUACUUUAUGCAUCGCAGAUUGUGGCUGUUAAUGAAGAAUUACAAAAGAAAGUUCGAUCACUUGAAGCUAAAUGUGCUUCUCUUGAGAAGAUGGGUGCUGACUGGUGUAAGAAAGAAGUUGAGUGGCGAAAGACAGAAGCAGGUUUGCAUUUGCAAGUGCAUCAACUUACAGAGAGGACCUGUUAUUUGGAGGGUCUAUUAGGAGAUCAGCAAAGCAAACUAUCAGGAUCCUUGGCUAGUAGUCGGGGUUGUCAAGGACAAGCCACUCUUGGACAUAACCUUUAUUUCGAAUUUGAUAGGCAACGAUGUUCAAGUGGCUUCACAUUGCAGAACGAGUUCCAGGUAGAUGGUGCUCGUUUUUUUGAUGUGGAUGCUUGCAGUGAACUUCUUGUAAUUGCUCGAAGGCUCUCUGGAAUGGGUGGAAAGCAUGUGCUUACCAAGAUGAGCUUGAUAGCUCCAGAUGAAAGGGAAGACAUUCAGCUUCCUGUGAGCACAAAAGCUGUCAAGGACUUGCAUGUCUCCCCUCAUGGAAGACUUGCUCUCUUCGCCUCCUUAGGGAAGAAAUUGUCAGUUCUCAGUAUGGAUAGCAACAAUACCAUUCUUACCUAUGAUUUACCGGCCGCUGCUUGGUCAUGUUCAUGGGAUUCUAGCGGUUCACAAUAUAUAUAUGCCGGAUUACAGAAUGGCAUGCUUUUGGAGUUUGAUAUGCGUCAAACUGAUAGACCUGUGGAAUCGAUGACUGGGUUGACGGGUAACCCAAUUCAUACCUUACAAUCUCUUUCACCCCAUGGAACAAUCCAUUCUGGCAUUAGAACCCUUCUGACUGCCUCUUCAGUUGGCUUGUGUCAGUGGAAUUUUGGUGGUGCUGAAGAAAGGUAG